UUUUUCUACUUCGAUAAGAUCCAAUCAGACGACAGGCACCUCAAAUUUGUCCUUUCUAAAAAACAGAAAAGAUAAUAAAAUAAAAAGAAAAAACAUAAAAUUAAGUUUAUUAAAUACAAUUUAUUAUUUACAUUUAUAUUUUUUUAAAAAUGGCAAACGGAAAUGAUGUAAUUGGAUAUCUUUUUGCGGCCACAGUUGCUGCUGGUGGAAUAAUGGGUUAUGUCAAAGCAGGGUCUUUGCCUUCACUUGGAGCCGGAAUCGCCUUCGGUGCUAUCCUUGGUCUCGGCGCUCAGAUGAACUCUCAGAACCCACCCAAGCCAUUGCUGCAAUUGGGAACUUCAAUUGUUUUAGCCGGUGUCAUGGGUUCCAGAUGGAGUCGGUCAGGCAAAAUGAUGCCAGCCGGAAUGAUUUGCAUACUUUCAUGUGCCACCAUUGUUCGUAAUCUUGUUGUUUACCACAAGCAUUUACCACUGCUGGGAGGACGGCAGGCAUAAGUUAAUAGUUUUAAUUAGUUGGAGCUUCCGCAUAGCAAUAGUGCUUAAAGCAGCAGCACGAAUGAAAAGACAAGAAGCAGUUUUUUUUUAUAUUUUUCAAUUGGUGAUAGGUAUCUAUGCGCUGUUACAUAAGUAAAGUUAUAAAUAAAAACUUUAAUCAAAAGAUA